GAAAAAGAGAAAAAAAACAGGUGCGAGAGAAAAUCUGGUAAUGUAAGAUUUAUUUCGAAGCUUCGAAUUUUCUCGGCGGCCAAAUUCCCUUAGCGAGAUUUUUUCCUUCCGAAAUUCCGAUCGAAGAGUUGAAAGCUGACGGCGAAAGAUCAGGCAUGUUGUUGGCUGUGCUGAUCGCCAACUCCGUCGGCAACAUUCUCGUCGAACGGUUUCAUGGAGUUCCGGCAGAGGAGCGAUUGCAUUGGCGAUCCUUUUUAGUGAAGCUGGGAGCUGAUAAUCUCAAAGGUGCGAAAAAUGAAGAGCUAUAUGUUGCGUCACACAAGUCUGUAUAUAUUGUUUACACUGUGCUUGGCGAUGUUGCAGUUUAUGUUGUUGGGAAGGAUGAAUAUGAUGAAUUAGCUUUGGCAGAAGUGAUCUUUGUAAUAACAUCAGCGAUAAAGGAUGCCUGUGGGAAAUCUCCAACUGAGCGCUUGUUUCUUGACAAAUAUGGAAAGAUUUGUUUGUGCCUGGAUGAAAUUGUCUGGACGGGCAUCUUGGAGAACACGGAGAAAGACAGGAUCAAGAGGCUGAUAAGGUUAAAACCUCCCAAUGAGUUUUGAUCAAUGAUACGGAUGUUGCACUAUCUUGCUGGUUACUGCUUUCAACUAUUUUACUCAACUUAUGCCAAAGAAUGUUUCAGCUCUGUGGAAUAAUCAUCAUGAUUGAUAUGUUUACUGUCUACCUAUUCUAUUUGGCUCUCAUACUAUUCUUUACCGGACCCGUUCAGUUUGUAAGUUAGAACCCGAAGCUGUGUAAAGAAUUGGAGAUAUUGUUUGGAUCAAGAUUUUCAUGCCGGGUAGGAAGCUUGAGAAUACGGUAGAUUGCAUGUAUGUUUGAGAGUGAUUUUGACAUUUAUAAAUAAUUGUGGUUAGAUGAUUGUUUCGAUAGAUUACUGAGGGAAUGAGUUCAAAUUAGGUAGUCAUCUAUUUUAUAUGUAAUAUUUAAGGUUUAUAUCUUAA